AGAGCCGCUUCGGGGGAGGGGGCGGGUGGGGGAGGGAGGGGCGGGCGGACGCUCGCCCGCGGCACUUGUUUAAUUUUUUUCGGGUGCCGCAGCGGCGACCCAUCGGCGCUGAUGUCCCUCAUCCCCGGAGCAACGACGGCCUCUGCCUAACCUAGAAAGAGGAAUGCCAGCUCCUGAGCAGGCCUCACUGGUGGAGGAGGGGCAACCACAGAUCCGCCAGGAAACUGCCUGCACUGGCCCAGGCAUGGAACCCGAGACCACAGCCACCACUAUUCUAGCUUCUGUGAAGGAGCAGGAGCUUCAGUUUCAGCGACUCACCCGAGAACUGGAAGUGGAAAGGCAGAUUGUUGCCAGUCAGCUAGAAAGAUGUAGGCUUGGAGCAGAGUCACCAAGCAUCGCCAGCACCAGCUCAACUGAAAAGUCAUUUCCUUGGAGAUCAGCAGAUGUGCCAAACCCUGGUGUAAACAAGCCUAGAGCUUCUGACACUGUCCAUCCCAACAACUAUCUCAUCAGGACAGAGCCAGAGCCAGGCGCCCUCUAUUCACCAGAGCAGACAUCUCUCCAUGAAAGUGAGGGAUCAUUGGGUAACUCAAGAAGUUCAACGCAGAUGAAUUCUUAUUCUGACAGUGGAUACCAGGAAACAGGAAGUUUCCACAACAGCCAGAACUUGAGUAAGGCAGACAAUAGACCAUCGCACUCAUUCAUAGCAUCCACUAAUAACCAUCUGGUGAGGCAUUCAAGAGCUGAAGGACAAACUCUGGUUCAGCCAUCAGUAGCCAAUCGGGCCAUGAGAAGAGUUAGUUCAGUUCCAUCUAGAGCACAGUCUCCUUCUUAUGUUAUCAGCACAGGCGUGUCUCCUUCAAGGGGGUCACUGAGAACUUCUCUGGGUAGUGGAUUUGGCUCUCCAUCAGUGACCGACUCCCGACCACUGAACCCCAGUGCGUAUUCCUCCACUACAUUACCUGCUCAGCGGGCAGCAUCUCCGUACUCUGCACAGAGACCCGCCUCCCCAGCAGCUGUGCGGAGGAUUGGGUCAGUCACCUCCCGGCAGACCUCCAAUCCCAACGGACCAACCCCUCAGUACCAAACCACUGUCAGAGUCGGGUCCCCACUGACCCUGACGGAUGCACAGACUCGAGUAGCUUCCCCAUCCCAAGGCCAGGUGGGGUCGUCGUCCCCCAAACGCUCAGGGAUGACCGCCGUACCACAACAUCUGGGACCUUCACUGCAAAGGACUGUUCACGACAUGGAGCAAUUUGGACAGCAGCAGUAUGACAUUUAUGAGAGGAUGGUUCCACCUCGGCCAGACAGCCUGACAGGCUUACGGAGUUCCUAUGCUAGUCAGCACAGCCAGCUUGGACAAGACCUUCGUUCAGCUGUGUCUCCCGAAUUGCACAUCACUCCUAUAUACGAGGGCAGGACCUACUACAGCCCAGUGUACCGCAGUCCAAAUCACGGAACUGUGGAGCUCCAAGGAUCACAGACAGCAUUGUACCGCACAGGCUCAGGUGGGCAUCAGCUGAAAUCGCACCAAUCUGGUUGUCAAGAAAAUGGCUGUGGCAGCAGAUCAAUAAACAGUAUUGGAAAUCUGCAAAGGACGUCCAGCCAACGAAGUACCCUUACAUACCAAAGAAAUAACUAUGCUCUAAACACAACAGCUACCUAUGCGGAGCCCUACAGGCCAAUACAAUACCGAGUGCAAGAGUGCAAUUAUAACAGACUUCAGCACACAGCACCGGCCGAUGAUGGCACCACGAGAUCCCCAUCAAUAGAUAGCAUUCAGAAAGACCCCAGGGAGUUCGCCUGGCGUGAUCCCGAGUUGCCUGAGGUCAUUCACAUGCUGCAGCACCAGUUCCCCUCCGUGCAGGCGAACGCAGCGGCCUACCUGCAGCACCUGUGCUUCGGUGACAACAAAGUCAAGAUGGAGGUGUGUAGGUUAGGGGGAAUCAAGCAUCUGGUUGACCUUUUGGACCACAGAGUUUUGGAAGUUCAGAAGAAUGCUUGUGGUGCCCUCCGAAAUCUUGUUUUUGGCAAGUCGACAGAUGAAAAUAAAAUAGCAAUGAAGAAUGUUGGUGGGAUACCUGCCUUGUUGAGACUGUUGAGAAAAUCUGUUGAUGCAGAAGUAAGGGAGCUUGUUACAGGAGUUCUUUGGAAUUUAUCCUCAUGUGAUGCCGUCAAGAUGACAAUCAUUCGAGAUGCUCUCUCGACCUUAACAAACACUGUGAUCGUUCCACACUCCGGAUGGAAUAACUCUUCGUUUGAUGAUGAUCAUAAAAUUAAAUUUCAGACUUCACUUGUUCUGCGCAACACAACAGGCUGCCUGAGGAACCUCAGCUCCGCAGGGGAGGAAGCCCGGAAGCAGAUGCGAUCCUGUGAGGGGCUGGUGGACUCGCUGCUGUACGUGAUCCACACGUGUGUGAACACAUCCGAUUACGACAGCAAGACCGUGGAGAACUGCGUGUGCACCCUGAGGAACCUGUCCUACCGGCUGGAACUGGAGGUCCCUCAGGCCCGGCUGCUGGGGCUGAACGAAUUGGAUGACUUACUAGGCAAAGAGUCUCCCAGCAAAGACUCAGAGCCAAGCUGCUGGGGGAAGAAGAAGAAAAAGAAAAAGAGAACGCCACAAGAGGAUCAAUGGGAUGGAGUUGGUCCUAUUCCAGGACUGUCAAAGUCCCCCAAAGGGGUUGAGAUGCUGUGGCAUCCGUCGGUGGUAAAACCAUAUCUGACUCUUCUAGCAGAAAGUUCCAACCCAGCCACCUUGGAGGGCUCUGCCGGAUCUCUCCAGAACCUCUCUGCUGGAAACUGGAAGUUUGCAGCGUAUAUCCGGGCGGCCGUCCGCAAAGAAAAAGGGCUCCCCAUCCUUGUAGAGCUUCUGAGAAUGGAUAAUGACAGAGUGGUUUCUUCUGUGGCAACUGCCUUGAGGAAUAUGGCACUAGAUGUUCGAAACAAGGAGCUCAUAGGUAAAUACGCCAUGCGAGACCUGGUCAACCGGCUCCCCGGAGGCUCGGGCCCCAGCGUGCUGUCUGAUGAGACCAUGGCGGCCAUCUGCUGUGCUCUGCAUGAGGUCACCAGCAAAAACAUGGAGAACGCCAAAGCCCUGGCCGACUCCGGGGGCAUCGAAAAGCUGGUGAACAUAACCAAGGGCAGAGGAGACAGAUCAUCUCUGAAAGUGGUGAAGGCAGCGGCCCAGGUCUUGAAUACAUUAUGGCAAUAUCGGGACCUCCGGAGCAUUUAUAAAAAGGAUGGGUGGAAUCAAAACCAUUUUAUUACACCUGUGUCGACGUUAGAGCGAGACCGAUUCAAAUCGCACCCUUCCUUGUCUACCACCAACCAACAGAUGUCACCCAUCAUUCAGUCAGUCGGCAGCACCUCCUCCUCACCAGCACUGUUAGGAAUCAGAGACCCUCGCUCUGAAUACGAUAGGACCCAGCCACCUAUGCAGUAUUACAAUAGCCAAGGGGAUGCCACACAUAAAGGCCUGUACCCUGGCUCCAGCAAACCUUCACCAAUUUACAUCAGUUCCUAUUCCUCACCAGCAAGAGAACAAAAUAGACGGCUACAGCAUCAACAGCUGUAUUAUAGUCAAGAUGACUCCCACAGAAAGAACUUUGAUGCAUACAGAUUGUAUUUGCAGUCUCCUCAUAGCUAUGAAGAUCCUUAUUUUGAUGAUCGAGUUCACUUUCCAGCUUCUACUGAUUAUUCAACACAGUAUGGACUGAAAUCGACCACAAAUUAUGUAGACUUUUAUUCCACUAAACGACCUUCUUAUAGAGCAGAACAGUACCCAGGGUCCCCGGACUCAUGGGUGUAGCAUCAAGAUGCUCAGAGAGGAACUCUUUCUUUCUAGCCUUGUUUGGAUUGAGACGAAAAGUCCGUUGUGCUAAUGUGCUGAUGAAAUGUGAAAGUGACAUGGAAGGAACGAGUGAAGAGCAUUUAUUUUCUUUUUUGAGGAAUUAUCAGGGAAGUGAGGAAACCUUAGAGAGAGAGAGAACUUUCUCAGCUCUAUUUAGGUGUUAGAUCUAAUUACUUGUAGAUUCCGUAGUCUGGUGAAGGUGUGGGCGAUGUGAUGAGAGAUUUGAGAAAUGGGUGAAAUGAGAUGGGGAUGUGUAGGUCAAAUAAAAUUAAAGAUGAUUUUUUUAAUGUGAAUAAAGUUAUGUUCUGAUAGUUUGUACAGAAAAAAAAUAAAAUGGAUGCCCUUCAUGUUUUAUUGCUAUUACUAAACGUCGAGAUUGUAUGCUAUUAUGUCUUGUAAAUUUCUUUUGUUGGUGUAAAUAUGGAAAUGCCACAUUGGUUAAGUGCCAUCAUUUGUAAUGCAGUGUGUCAUUUGAAAAGAGAUUUGAAGAAACAUGACAGCUUAAAAAACAAAUGGGAAACCCAAGAAAUUGUUAGCAAUUAAAGACAAGCUACAGCGUUUGUUUUCAAAAUGAAUAGUGUACUUAGAAGCACAAAGUCCAGUCUGGUAUAGCAGCGCCACGGCCAUCCCUGCCUCUUUCCUAGGACACUUCACUGCCAUUUUCUAUGCACAUGAAAGAAAAUAAAUGUGGAGAUUUCAUCCUUGGAAA